AUGGCAUCAACAAAGAUCUAUCUUUUUGGAGACCAGACACACAGCUUCGAUGCCGGUCUACGUCGAUUAUACCAGCAGAAGGAGAAUGGACCCCUUACAGCGUUCUUCGAGAAGGUCCAUUUCGCCCUUCGGCGAGAGAUAGGACAGCUUCCUGUCGCAGAGAGGCAAUGGUUUCCCGCCUUCACGAGCGUAGUCGACCUGCUCGCUAGGCAUCGUGAGUUGGGGAACAAUCCUGCACUGGAGGGCGCAUUAACUUGCAUCCAUCAUUUAGCGUGCUUCAUCAGUCACUUUGGUGAAGGCUCCCGAAUAUAUCCAGCGCCUGUGGACAGCAUUGCAGCCGGUGCCUGCAUAGGUCUCCUUGCGGCAGCAGCAAUCAGCUCAGCUCAAACCGUCAUCGAUCUUCUACCACCAGCCGUUGAAGCGGUGCUGGUUGCUUUCUAUACCGGUCUACGUACGAUGGAGACACGAGAUUACAUCGAGCGCGCUCCAUCCACUGCGAACUGGUGUAUGGUUGUUGCCGCACCGGACGAGCACAUGGUAUCUGCAGCCAUUGAAGACUACGCCUGUGCAAAAUGCCUAUCACGUUCGUCCCGGCCCUACAUCAGCGCUGUGAGCACGUCAAGUCUGGCAAUCAGCGGCCCACCAAGAGUGCUUGAAACGAUGCUUCAGUCUUCACCGUUCAACGCUUGGCGACCACUCAAACUCGCCAUUCACGCUCCCUACCACGCUUCGCAUCUUUAUCAAGAGGCAGAUUUAGACGCUAUCCUCAGUAUGAGGCAUCAGGCAGUGCUCAACUCAUACACACCGAAGAUUCCCGUAAUAUCAAGUGUGACCGGCGAUCGUCUUUCCGCCUCAAACUACGGUGCUCUCUUGAGGUGCGCACUGAGGGAGAUUCUACUAGAACCGCUGCGGUGGAACAAGAUCAUCGAAGGUUGCAAGAACAUCGCCGAAUCGAUUAACUCCGACCUGUGGCAAAUCUUCCCAGUUGCAAGUUCGGUACCGAAUGGCUUGGUUUCGGCGUUGCAGCAGGGUGGAAAAGUUGAGGUCGAAGUGGAUGACUGCAUUUCGUCUGGAUCCAAGCGGCCAUCAUCUCGGGGAUCGCCCACUGGUCGGCCAGAACAGUCAAAGAUUGCGAUUAUUGGCUACUCAGGACGCUUUCCUGAUGCGAUAAGUCCCGAGCACUUCUGGGAUCUCAUGUAUCAGGGCCUGGACGUCCACCGUGAAGUGCCAAAGGACAGGUGGAACGUCGAGACGCACGUAGACCCCACAGGCAAGAGGAAAAACACGAGCAAGGUGCCAUAUGGAUGCUGGAUCCGUGAGCCGGGACUUUUCGAUUCGCGAUUUUUCAGCCUUUCCCCUCGCGAGGCGGACCAGAGCGACCCAGCACAGCGAUUAGCGAUUACAACAGCCUACGAAGCCCUUGAAAUGGCCGGUAUCGUGCCCAAUAGAACGCCUUCGACGCAGCGUAACCGAGUCGGAAUGUUCUAUGGUACUACCAGCGACGACUGGCGUGAGAUCAACAACGGCCAGAACAUUGAUACAUAUUUCAUUCCUGGAGGAAACAGGGCUUUCGUACCCGGUCGGAUCAACUACCACUUUAAAUUUAGCGGCCCCAGCAUUAGUGUGGACACGGCCUGUUCGUCCAGUUUCGCAGCUAUCCAUACCGCAUGCAAUGCUCUCUGGAGGGGAGAAUGCGACACUGCGGUCGCUGGCGGUACCAAUAUUCUGACGAAUCCGGACAACCACGCGGGCCUUGAUCGCGGACACUUCCUUUCAACCACCGGUAACUGCAAGCCGUUUGACGAUGGUGCAGAUGGAUAUUGUAGGGCGGACGCCGUUGGUACGGUCGUCCUCAAAAGGCUGGAGGACGCAGAAGCAGACAACGAUCCGAUUCAGGGCGUUAUACUCGGAGCCCUAACGAACCACUCUGCGGAAGCAGUCUCAAUCACGCGGCCGCACGCUGGGGCCCAGGCUUACAUUUUCGACAAAGUCUUGAACGCCUCAGGAAUCGACCCAACCGAGGUUGGCUACAUCGAGAUGCACGGAACGGGCACUCAGGCUGGUGAUGCCGUCGAAAUGAGCUCUGUUCUAAGCGUCUUUGCCCCCGAUACACGCAAACGCUCCUCGGAUCAGCCGCUGUACCUAGGAUCUGCCAAAGCUAACGUUGGCCAUGCGGAGUCCGCCUCUGGGGUUACUUCACUCAUUAAGGUCCUACUUAUGAUGCAGAAGAACAUUGUUCCUCCGCACGUAGGCAUCAAAACCAAGAUCAACCAUGGGUUUCCCAAGGAUCUCGAACAGCGCAAUGUUCGUAUCGCUAUGAGGCCUACGCCAUGGACGAGAAACGAUGGCAAGAAGAGGCGUGUGUUCUUGAACAACUUUUCGGCUGCUGGUGGCAACACCGCGCUAUUGCUUGAGGACGCGCCGAUCGCUGCGGCCAAAGAGGGAGCAGAUCCUCGUUCUACUCACGUUUUUGCCGUGACUGCGCGGUCGAAGAAUUCGCUCGUGAACAACAUCAAAGCUAUGUCGACCUAUGUAGGUGGCUGCAAGGAGGACGAAUUGCCAAAGCUAGCAUACACGACGACUGCUCGCAGGUUGCACCACAACUUCAGGGUCAUGGUCAGCGGAAACGACUUUUCGUCAGUCAAGGCUGCGCUGGACGCCGCUGCUGCUCGGGACGACUUCCGACCAGUGCCCGCAGCUGCCCCGAAAGUAGCUUUCGCCUUCACCGGCAACGGAUCCCAGUACAUCGCCAUGGGAAAGCAACUCUUCGACAAUUUCGCUCAGUUUCGUCAGGACAUCCAGCGGUUCGACAGCAUCGGACUGGCCCAGGGCUUUCCUACGAUACAGCCCCUCAUUGAUGGCAGCUGCUCGAAUAUCGACGAACUUGGACCGAUCGUGACGCAGCUGGGUGCUACUUGCAUGCAGAUGGCACUGGCAAGACUCUGGGAAUCCUGGGGAGUGAAGCCAAGCGUGGUAGUCGGCCACAGUCUUGGAGAAUACGCAGCCUUGAACGUCGCUGGAGUACUCUCUGCAAGCGAUGCCAUUUACCUAGUGGGCAAGAGGGCGCAGUUGCUGCAAGAGCGUUGUACCGUGGGAAGCCAUGUUAUGCUUGCCGUCAAGGCGUCCGCUUCCUCCAUCAGCUCUUUCUUGGAUGGUAAAGAGGCCGAAGUCGCCUGUAUCAAUGCUCCUGAAGAGACUGUCGUUAGCGGCCCAAGCGAUGUCAUCGAUAACGUUGCGGACAAAAUCGCAUCUGCAGGCUUCAAGUCGACAAAACUGAAGGUGCCAUACGCUUUCCACUCAGCGCAAGUUGAGCCGAUUCUGGAGAGUUUCCAAGACAUCGCGGACUCGGUUACCUUCCACGGACCCAGCGUUCCAAUCAUCUCCCCAUUGCUUGGCGAAGUCUUUACUGAUGCGAACUGUUUCUCCGGCAAGUAUCUCGCCCGUCAUUGCCGUGAGCCGGUGGACUUCCUCCGUGGUAUCGAGGCUGCAAAGAGCGCUAAGAUUCUCAACGACAGCAUGAUGUGGCUCGAGAUUGGUUCCCACCCGAUUUGCGUGGGUAUGAUCAAAGCAAUAUUUGGCCCCAAGGUCACGGCACUAGCUUCUCUGCGUCGCAAUGAGGACAGCUGGAAGAUUCUAUCAGGGACCUUGUCAGCCCUUUACCUUGCUGGUGCCGAGAUCGACUGGAAUGAAUAUCACCGAAAUUUCACCGCAUGUCAUAAGGUCCUCAGACUGCCUGCUUAUGCUUGGGACUACAAGAACCACUGGCUUGAGUACAAGAACGAUUUCUGCUUGACAAAGGGCGAUGCACCAAUCGCUGCUGUCGCUCCCCCCGCUCCCGAGCCGACCUUCUCUACAACCGCUUUGCAGACAUUGAUUGAGGAGCAUGCAGAAGACGACAAGGCGACUGUCCUGUUCGAAUCACGGCUGUCGGAUCCUGGCCUUGUUGCAGUUGUGCAGGGCCACAAGGUCAAUGGCAAUCGUCUCUGUCCUUCUUCGCUAUAUGCGGACAUUGGUCUCACGCUAGGAGACUACUUGCUCGAGAAAUAUCGGCCUAACGAGAAGACGAGGACAGCUAUGGACAUUGCAAAGAUGAGCAUCGACAAACCCCUUAUCGCCAAGGAUCCCGACAAUCAACGCUACCGCGUGUCCGCUACCGCAGAUUGGACAACCUACACCAUUGCAUUCAACAUCUUCAGCGUUACUCCGGAGGGGAAGAAGACCGUCAAUCACGCCAAUUGCCUCGUCAGAUUUGGAGACCCGAAGGUCUGGCUAGCUGAGUGGAAGCGCUCUGAGUACCUAAUCAAGCCGCGCAUCCAGUCACUUCUCAAAAGCGUGGAUGAUGGACAGGCGUCCAGACUUAAGCGAGCGAUGGCCUACAAGCUUUUCGCAACAUUCGUGGAGUACGACCAGAAGUACCGCGGUAUGGAGGAGGCCGUGCUUGAUAGCGCUAAUUUCGAAGCCACUGCACGUGUCAAGUUUCAGGACACCGAAAAGGAUGGCAACUACUACCUUAGCCCCUACCGAGUGGAUAGUCUUGGCCACCUUUCUGGGUUCACCAUGAACGCCAAUGAGACCAUUGAUACCAAUGUGCAGGUUUAUCUCAAUCAUGGAUGGGAAUCAAUGCGCUGCUCUGGAAGUUUUUCAUCCGAGAAGACCUACCGGACGUAUGUCAAGAUGCAGCCCACUGAAGGGACUAUAUACGCUGGAGACGUUUACAUUUUUGAUGAAGAUGUGAUCGUCGCGGUUUUCCAAGGUGUCAAGUUCCAAGGCGUGCCACGCAAGCUUAUCAACACGGUGUUGCCCCCUCCCAAUGCUUCUAAAGCCACCCCAACGCCGGCAGCAAACCCUCCCAGAACCGUGACACCGACUGUACCUGCCAGACAGCAGAAGGUACAGGAGCCACCAGCCAAAAAGGCUAAGGCUACCACCAUUGCAAUCUCUCCACCGAAGCCCGCUGCCUCUAGCGUGAUGGCGCGCGCACUUACCAUCAUCUCUGAAGAAGUCGGCGUGUCGCUGUCCGAGCUGACAAAUGACGCUGUGUUUGCUGACCUUGGUGUUGACUCCCUUCUGUCACUGACCAUUUCCGGCCGCUUCCGUGAAGAGCUUGACCUUGAUGUCGAGUCGUCUAUCUUCACCGACUGCGAAACCGUCGAGGCACUCGGCAAGGCCAUCGCGCCCAGCAAUCCUGAACCGCAGGCUCCUCUCGAUUCGGUGGUUCUGAGCCCAAGCCGAUUCAGCUCCGGCAUUACCACGCCGGCAGACUCCGAUUCAGAUUACGCGCUUGACGAUGCCUCCAGCAACACAUCUAUCGACGAAAUGGAAGAUGAACAGCCCAGCAAGAGCGACGGUACAAUGGCACAGAUGCGCCGGAUACUCUCGGAAGAAAUCGGAGUUACCGAAGACGAACUGACCGGCUCGGUCGAGCUAUCUGACUUGGGCAUGGACUCGCUCAUGGCACUCACUGUUCUUGGUAGACUGCGCGAGGAGCUGAACCUUGAUCUUCCCUCGGAUCUGUUUGCCGAACACGGCAGCCUGGAUGCCAUCCAAGCAAGUCUAGGUAUCACUCCACAGCCAACUGCCCGGCCCGCACCGCAACAAGCAGCCGCACGUAUGGAACGAAAAGUUCCUACCGAGCCGAUGCCGGCUGCAACCUCAAUCUUGCUGCAAGGUAGCGCCAAAACAUCCACCAAGAAGCUGUUCCUGUUCCCUGACGGCUCCGGUUCCUCAACAUCUUAUAUGAACCUUCCGAAGAUUGGCUCCGAUGUCGCUCUUUACGGGCUGAACUGCCCAUUCAUGAAGACUCCAGAGAAGCUCAAGGGCAGCCUCUCAGAGCUAACAGCACCUUACCUCGCCGAGGUGCGCCGGCGUCAGCCGAAAGGCCCUUACUACCUAGGCGGCUGGUCGGCAGGCGGUGUCUGCGCCUACGAUGCCGCUCAGCAGCUCAUCGCUGAAGGCGAAGAAGUGGCUCGCCUCAUCCUGCUGGACUCACCGUUCCCGAUCGGCCUCGAGAAGCUGCCACCGCGGCUGUACAAGUUCUUCGACUCGCAAGGCAUGUUCGGCACAGGCAACAAGGCUCCUCCCAGCUGGUUGCUACCGCACUUCCUUGCUUUCAUCGAGUCGCUAGACGCCUACAGAGCUGUGCCAUUCACCAAGGGCACGGCGCCUAAGACUCACCUCAUCUGGGCAAGAGAUGGUGUUUGCAAGAACCCCACCGACCCCAGACCCCCUCCCCAAGACGAUGACCCGAAGGAGAUGAAGUGGUUGUUGAACAACCGAACAGACUUUGGUCCCAAUGGAUGGGACACCCUGGUUGGCGGAAGCAGUAAUAUGGUAAUCGAGAGCAUGAGCGAUGCCAACCAUUUUUCAAUGAUGGAGGGUAGCAAGGCCGGCGAACUGAGUACUUUUAUCGCAAGGAGCAUGACUUAG